AUGGCCGGAUUUCUGCAUAAAUUCCUCAAGAGGCCUUCCUCUCUGAGAAUCAUCACAAGCUUCAAUCACCUCCAACCGUCAAGGCUUGCAGUUCCCUUCGGCCUUCAUCAACCUAAUCUCACUGGAAGCAAAUCAGACAAUCAGUGUUACUUAAACCCUGUACUGGGAUCUGUUGAACAACACAAGCCCACCUCUCCACAGCUCUUGCAGGUUUACCCUAGUUUCCCCUUCGGGUAUUGUCUGAAUCAAAUUCCCCAAACCGGUUUCGAUCAGGUGAACGAUGAGGAAGCUGAGGCCGGGUCGUGUGAUACUCGGACUAUUUGGGCUGACAGUGUCAAGAAGAAGAGGAAGAGGAAGAUGAACAAGCAUAAGUACAAGAAGCUUAGAAAGCGUCUCCGGCGACAGACCUAG